CAGCUCAGCCUGUGCGCGUAGUUCUCGGUCCAGCGCGUUGGCGAACCCGCAGAGCUCUGUGAAGCGCCGAAUCUGGCGUGCCGUGUGAACACGGCCGAGCUCGGAUCAAGCUGCAGCGCUCGGAGGGUGCGAGCCGCCGCACCGUUACUCGAGAGGCUGCUUUCUUAACCUGCCCUGCUCGAGAGGAGCGUGUGCGGAGGGUGGGGGGGCGAAGGCUGCUGGGAAGCUAAGGCCCCCGGCCCCGGCAAUGCCCGGCUUCCUGCCUCUGCGUGAGAGACAAAGGCAAGCGGGCCGCCUUUCCGGCGCUCCCGCCGCGGCCGGAGCUCCGCCAGCUCCUCUUCCCCCGAGCGCGGGCGAGGCCGCUCAUUGGCGUUCGCGCGGCGGGCAGCAGAUUCCGGCUCCGCCGGGCGGCGGGGCGAAAGCACGCGGCCCCGUCUUCGGCGCCGCCGGGCUGCGCUUUCGGCCUGCAAGGCGCGACCAGCAGGAGGAGGAGGAGGAGGAGGCGGCGCCGCCUCUGGGUAAGAGAGGAUCCAAAUUUGCCUGUGCCUAAACCAGGAUCUUUUGGUGCCAUGACAUCAGAAACCGAAGAAGAUGAUGUCGUGAAUGGACUAGCACUGAAUAUAAACCAGCAUGAAAAAGAUCAGGAGUCCAGCAAAAUCUGUACUGGAAAAGGAGCUGUGACUCUUUGGGCAUCUGCAGCUUCUGAGAAGAAUCUCAGGGUUAGCCAUCCAAAGUCUACACAAGACAUCCAGCACACCAAAACUCAUUCAACUGAACAGAAAGGAGAAACCAACACAGAUGGCUGGAGAGGACUUUCUGGCGUUGACUCAAAUAGGGAGAUUCUGUCUGUGAAGGAUUACUGGAGCGUGAGACCAAACGUCUUUGAGACCAAGCCACAAGCUGCCACUUCCUCUCCCACCAACUCAGUUCAAACUGAGGUUAUAACAGGGCCUUUCCAACAGAUUCAGCCAGGCAGAGAAGAAUCCAGCCCAAGCACAUCACCAGCAUCUCUCCGCCAUUUUGACCAAGGUUUAGAAAUCUCAAACAACGUGUCUCCUGGUUUCUUUCUGGCCCUUCCAACGCUAGAUGAUUUCAUUCCCCCUCACCUCCAGAAAACUCCCAACCACCAGCACCCAUUGUUUUCACCUCAGACUGCGCUACACACUCAUGCAAAAGUGCCUUCACUCUCAUCACCACCUCCUCUACUGAUCCCUCCGGCCACAGAAACCUCAAGCAGCAUUUUGGCGACUGAAAGCACAGGAAUGGUCUUUCGAACAGAUACCUGCUCCCAGCCACAUGAAGCCUCUAAGUCCAGUGGUGGCCCUGCUGUCUCAAUGACGAUCAACAGAUCUUUGGGUGCUUACCCUUCCACCACAAUUGUCAACCCUACAAUUGUCCUUCUGCAGCACAACAGAGCAGAGCAGCAAAAAAGGCUUAAUAGCCUUGCAGAUCCAGGGCCUGAUCCACCAGUCGCUGAUAAAGUAGAUGGUAUAUCUGUUCAACAAAAAUUAAAUCCAAGCACGGAAGAUGCAGUAGAGGAACAGAAGAGAAUUGUCAAUAAUUCUCAGCAUAUGGCUGAUGAUUCUUUGGAUUCCAUAGGCAUUCCACUAAGAAAUUCAGAGCGAUCCAAGGACUGGUACAAGAUAAUGUUCAAACAAAUCCACAGAUUGACAAAAGACCCACCUGAAGAAAACCCUUAUUGCCCUACCUACAUAUUCCCCGAGCUUCCUGUUAUUCAACCCCAAAGCAAAGAACAAAAUCCUUAUUCUCCUACUUACCAGUUUCCUGUGUCUACUCCUAGCCCUAGAUCUGAAGAUGAAGAUUCUGAUUCAUAUUUUCCACAGGACUCCUUUGGCAAAGAAGCAACAGCACAAACUUCAGUGCCCCGUUCCAAGAGUGAGAAUGAUACUAUCAACACAGACAAGACAAUGAAGAGAUCGUUCACUUUGCCGCUGCCCGCUCGUUCUUCAUCUCUUAAAUCGAACUCUGAGAGGAAUGAUUGGGAGCCUCCAGACAAAAAAAUAGACUCGAGGAAGCACUGGGCUGAACCUAAAAGCAUAUAUGAAUAUCGUCCAGGGAUGUCCUCAGUUCUGGACAGUGAAACAUUAGUAAUGCCUCGGGAUAUAAGCCCAGAAGAGAUAGAUUUAAAGAAUGAGCCUUGGUAUAAAUUCUUUUCGGAAUUGGAGUUUGGGAAACCGCCUCCAAAAAAGAUAUGGGAUUAUACUCCUGGAGAUUGCUCUAUCCUUAUUAGAGAGGAUAGAAAGGUUGAUCCAGGAAAAAACCACUGGCUCUAUCAUACUGAAUUAGAUGCAGAUAUAGACAAAAUGGAGAAGCUUUAUAAAGCCCCAGAUCAAAAGCAACUGAAGAAUGCAGCAAGUUCCCCUCCACAGGAAACUCUUUCAGAACAUUUGCCUCACUACCAUCCUGUAAAGACAGAGUUGGAAUCAGAAUUUAGUCAUUUCACUGAGCUGGGAAAUGAAAGACAGAUUUAUAAAAGUGUUUUGGAAGGAGGAGAUAUCCCAUUGAAAGGGCUGAGUGGCUUGAAGCGUCCAUCCAGUUCAGCAUCCACAAAAGUAGAUUCAGAAUCACCAAGACAUUUUGCAACACUUGAUUAUAUAGAGAGUCCUGAAGAAAAUUUCCAAAGGCGCAGCAGCGAUAAAGAGAAACUUUUAGAGGACCAGAGACGGCUUAAACGUGAGCAAGAAGAGGCUGAUAUUGCAGCCAGAAGGCACACAGGGGUCAUCCCUACGCACCAUCAGUUUAUCACUAAUGAGCGCUUUGGGGACCUUCUAAUUAGAGACGAUACAAUCAAAAGGAAAUCUGGGUCAGAGAUGAGAGCUGCCAGAGUGAAGUUUGACUUUAAAGCCCAGACAUUAAAGGAACUCCCGUUACAGAAAGGCGAUGUUGUUUACAUUUAUAAGCAGGUUGAUCAGAACUGGUACGAAGGCGAACACCAUGGACGAGUGGGUAUCUUCCCACAAUGUUACAUAGAGUUACUUAAUCCAGCAGAAAAAAUCCAAACUAAAAAGACUUCGCCACUGCAAAUCUUGGAAUACGGAAAUGCAGUUGCCAAAUUCAAUUUCAGUGGAGAUACUGCUGUGGAAAUGUCCUUCAGGAAGGGAGAAAGAAUCACACUGAUUCGACAGGUAGAUGAGAACUGGUAUGAAGGGAAAAUCCUUGGCACCGUUCGCCAAGGCAUCUUCCCUGGCUCUUAUGUGGACAUAGUUAAGCAACCAGUGCUGAAAGAUACAUCAGGCUAUGCCUACCGACCACCAAAUUGCAGCCUGACUUCUCCACAGCCUUCACUGAGGCCAGGACCCGAACUCACAGAAUCGGAAAAGAACUAUGUGGAAGUUGUUUGCAAUGAGAUCUUAAACAUUGCUGAAAAGUCUGUUCAUUACUGCAGCACUCUUUCUCAGCCUGUCUUUUGUCAUAAGGGGCAGUUUAGUGACAAUAAAUCAUCUUUCAUCAUUUCUCAGCAACCUCAAAUCUUGCCAUUAGAAAUUGGCCUGGACCGGAAUCACAUGACACGAGAAAUGCUUACCUAUCGAGCACUUUACAGCUACAUCCCGCAGAACGAUGAUGAGCUGGAGUUAAGAGAUGGAGAUAUCAUAGACGUUAUGGAAAAGUGUGAUGAUGGCUGGUUUGUUGGCACAUCAAGGAGAACCCAACAGUUUGGCACUUUCCCAGGAAACUAUGUGAAACUACUCUCCUUUUAGAAGCAAUGGGCACCCGCUUUGCUUCACCCCAGAAGAGGAGGACCUGAGUGGGAUCUUUUUAAAACAAUCCUUGGGAAAGAGGUUUUUGAACGGAGUAGUCAAGACAAUAGGAGCGCACAUGGAACGUGGUGAAAUGCUGGAGAUAGGCUGCAAAGUUCCGGUUUCCUUUGAGCGUGUACGGAGGAGAGGAGACAGGAUGAUAAGCCGUUAUACUCUGCUGUGUUUGUUUCUGUUUUUAUUCAGCUACGGGAAAAUAACAGAAGGAAACAAAACAGGGUUUCUGUUCGCAAAGGAAGAAGAGGAGGGAGAUUGCCAGGAGCAGAGGGUGUAAACUGCUUAAGCAUCCUGCAGCUUUUGUUUGCUGUUUAUAGGAAAGGCCAAGUUGUCAGCAUUCAUGGAGUUCCUCUCCCAAGGCCAUAAACCCCAGAAGGAAUUGUAGUCCAGAAGGUCAGGUCUGACCACAUCGUUCUAGUGGUUGACAGAUUCCAGAUUGAACGGCUAGAAUAAAGGAAGAUGGAAUAGAUGCUCCGCCAUAGUCUAUUUGGAUUUAUUCUGCAAAAUAUUCCUGAAUGUGCCUUUCUAGAACUGAUAAUAUAAGUAAUUUCUGGCUGCAUCUUUUUUUUUUUUAAUAAACUAGAAAUUUGGUCAAACUUAUACUGCGCACACUUGUUUGGAAGUAAACCCCAUUGAAUGGAUUGAGAGUUUCCCAUUGCUGGACUUUAUUUCCGUUUUUUUUAAAUAGUCAUUUUGAUUGCGAUUUGCAGAACGAUACCCUAAAAUAAACAUGGCUUCAGCUGUGUUUUUUUAUAGUCAAUAGCAGGAGAUUCACAUUCAGCAUACUUUCUUUCUCUUAUACAUUAGUCUGUUUAGUUUUCUUCGCCCUGAGAUCAGCCAAAAACAUCAACUGAAGUGCUUUAAUAAUAUGAUUGUAGAUAUGUAUAUUCCCUUUGUAAAAACAUAUAAAUCCUAUAUUGCAAAUUGAAAUAUAAAAAGGAGUCUUUUAAAAAGUUUUGAGGAGGACGCUUCCAUUUUAUUUAUUAUUACACUACAUAAAUUAGUGCUUGUGCUACAAAAUGCUGUUUUUCAUCAGAGUUAGUUAGCAUCAUUGCUUCAAUUGCACUAAAAUGGCUUAGUGUGUUAAGCAGAUUUGUGCUCAGGUUUCUAGAACGCCAUCCAUUUCUAGGCUUGAAGCAGCUGGUUGAGGCUGAGAUCACUUGGGAAGUUUGAGACCACUCAGCCUGGCUGCGGGUGGGAAAGUUGUCAGUUCCCAAAAUACAUAGAGAUGGCACGGCUAAUCACAAAACACCCCUUUACUAUAAGGUGAACAAGAGCUUCAGAGUUGCCAACCAUCCUAGUGGGGUGCAAGGACAUUGUUAUAGAUCAAAAUUCCUAUUUAUUUUAUUUAGUAAUAUAUUAAAAAAAAGAGGCGUAGUCUACCCUGUUUUAAGGGAUAUUUGAAUAUUUUUAUUUUAGGAUUGGCAGUAAAGUUACAGAAUUGAAUAAUUUUAUUUUGCAAAUAUUUUAACAAUAUUGGUAGCAUGUAAUUAUCACGAUAGCAUUUUAACUAUAUUUAUAUUUCUGCAGACAUAGUUCUAAACAAGGUUAUUGUCUUUGUUUUAUUUUACAGAGGAUUAUUUACAGUUAACAAAUGGAAAUGUUUAAAGCAUGUUUCUUUGUGUAAAAUAUUAAAUAAAUAUUAACCCAACAUGAA